CUAGAUUCUUAUCAUAUCUAUUUGCUUAUUAUUCAUUCGAUAACAGUCCUUGUAUCAGUUACGUAUUGUGCGGAUGACCAAUUAGACGUAUUUACUUCUAGUUUUUUUUUUUGGAUUCACUUAAUGAUGGAAGAAAGUGCACAAAGAAACCUAAUGAACUUAAUUAAAAUGUUCGAAGGACAAUCAAAUAUUCAAAACGAAGGAGGAGAUAGUGUUGAGUCAACACACGAAGCUGUUAAUACGGUGAUGGGUAACGAAGUCGAGGGCACCGCAGCUGCUCACGGCUCGGCAUCGGAUCUCGAGACGCUGAUCGAGCGUUUGGAACGCGUUACCUCGCGAUUAGAACGUCUGCCGCUGCUGCGAGCUCAUACUCCUGCAGCUCCUCAUUCGCCGGCGCCUUCUCCAGUCUCGCUGAACACACCACCGCCCCAAGAAUCGCUCGAACCAAUACCAUCGGACAACAUGAGUGUCAACGGAUAUCAAGACCUUGUCCAGGGUCCCCUCCGCGCCUAUCUCCAACUGUCGCAGCAGAUUGGCGGAGACGUUGCUACUCAAGCUAACCUCGUGAAUGCUGCUUUUCAAGCGCAAUCCCGCUACAUACAACUGGCGGCAACAAAAGCCAAGCCUUCCCAAGCUGAGGAAAUGCAGCUUCUGACUCCGACCAGCGAACAGAUAUCUGCUAUCCAGCAAUAUCGUGAAAAGAAUCGCGCCUCGCAGUUCUUUAAUCAUCUCUCGGCGAUAUCCGAGAGUAUCCCGGCUUUGGGAUGGGUAGCCGUUGCUCCCGCCCCGGCUCCGUACGUUAAGGAAAUGAAUGACGCCGGCCAGUUCUACACUAACCGCGUGCUCAAGGAUUGGAAGGAGAAAGACAAGACCCACGUAGAGUGGUGCCGCGCUUGGGUCCAACUGCUGUCCGAUUUGCAAGCGUACGUCAAACAGUUUCACACAACAGGACUUGUGUGGUCUGGCAAGGGCAGUGCUGGUGCCCCCCCACCGCCUCCCCCGGGAGGACUUCCCCCUCCGCCGCCCGUGCUGCCAGACGUGGACUUCUCCAACUUGUCGCUCGAUGACCGCAGCGCUCUCUUCGCCGAAAUCAAUCGAGGCGAAGCCAUAACUAGCUCCUUGCGCAAAGUGACGCCGGACAUGCAGACCCACAAGAAUCCGACUCUCCGUCAAGGCCCGGCGCCGUUCAAAGCGACGUCGGCCGCCGGACACAAGCCGCUGCCGCAGCCCGGCGCUGGACAACUGGACAAGCCGCCCGUCUUCACUCGGGACGGCAAGAAGUGGCUUAUCGAGUACCAAAAGGGCAACUCCAAUUUAGUGGUCGAGAACGCGGACAUGAACAACGUUGUGUACAUGUUCCGUUGUCGCGACUCCGCCCUGACGGUCCGCGGGAAGGUCAACGGGGUCGUGCUGGACUCGUGCACCAAGUGCGCGGUCGUGUUCGACAACCUCGUAUCCAGCAUCGAGUUCGUCAACUGCCAGUCCGUACAGAUGCAGGUAUUGGGCAAAGUUCCAACCGUUUCCAUCGACAAGACCGACGGAUGUCAGAUAUAUCUGUCGCCGGAAUCGCUGGACGUCGAAAUCGUCAGCUCCAAGUCAUCGGAGAUGAACGUUUUGAUACCCAAGGCUAAUGGCGAUUACACCGAACACGCGAUCCCCGAGCAGUUCAAGACGGUACUGAACAAGCCGGCCGGCCUCACCACGACGCCCGUCGAGAACAAGGGCUAACUCUGACUCGCUUCCGAGAACUCGAUACUACUAACAUUAUUAACUCGUCUCGUCUUUAGUAAACUUGCUGUAACCUAAGGCGCGAGAUACACACAAACGGCGUAAGGCUUAAAAGAACGCGUCCAUUGGCCCGCGUCGGACGCACCGCACGCAACAGACUUUAUUUUGCUUUGUACGAUUUCAGUGCUGCGUCCACUAUCCGCGCCGCCCGCACCGAAAGCCGGCAUUUAUGAGCAAAAAUUACAAAGCAAAAUAAAGUUGGCCAAUGAACGCAUAGCUUAAGGCGCGGCGCAGGCGUGGAACGGACACAACACGGAUUUAAAUUAUAUAGAAGAGGCGAAGUGAAUUUAUAGGCUGAUUUCGUUGAAUUAGCAUACCUUCCUCUACAAAUGACGUAGAUGCGCUUGAUUUGUGAUAUACUGCUUGCGUGACGCUUCAGUUAUGACCGAGUGUAAUUCACAAUACGUUUCCUUAGUACAUUUUGUAUGCAAAAGGUUUUGAAAUUGCGCCACGCCGAACUCCUCGCCGUAUAUGUGUAUUUCCCGACUAACGGUAGUGAUUAGAGUAUUAUCAUUGACAAUUUUCGAUUUGCAUUCGAAAUAAACGAAUUAGCUGGUCGCGUCUAUUAUUAACAUAUUUUGUAUCGAGACGAGGGUAAACUGUUUAAUUUAAAUGUACCGUGAAUGACGCACUCGUCUCAUGGUAUUAUUAGCACACAAACAUUACCUAUGAUAAAACCAUAAAGAUAUUGAUCGAGUUCUCGAAUAACAUAUUGUAUCAUUAUUAUUAUUAUUAUCAAUAAUAUAAUAAUAACAUCCUCGUUUCUAUAUAUAAUUUCGCUCGUUCGUGUAGUUCUUUAAAAUUAAUAUUGUAAAUCUAUAAUCUAGAUGUGAACUGUAUUCAGUAUUUAUUGGUCUUAUUUUUUCUUGUAUAAUAAUACAAUAAUGUUCCUUGCAUUCGUGCUUGACGUUUUGGAUGUUUUUUUUUUUUGUAAUGAUAUUACGUACGCUGUAUCUCGUGUCUCGUCGGCUUGGAGUACCGUCAGGUACUGGUCUUGGAGUCGCUUCACAAAUUUUCUAAAUCUCUUACCGGUUCACGGAUUCGUAAUUGUCUGGAUUGACUGAAAUAGACAGUCGCCGCUUCGGUCCCCGGACCACAAGCGUCUGUUUACUAGUAAGUUAUUGCGUGGUGUGUGAUUAUCUCGUGUUUUUGAAGGCUUUCUCUCGUUCUUUGCUAACGAUGUAAAGUAAAUACACGUUAUUGUAUAACCCCGUGAUUUGCUUCGAUCUUGGUCUAAUUAUACUAUAUUAUAUUUUGUAUCGACCCGACAGAGUUUUGUAGUAGUCAUUUUUUUUUAAAUUAGGACAUGCCCUAAUUUAUAUUUGUGUAUUUUAAUUUGUUUGUAUUCAAGUAAAAGUAUUAUGCAUCAUAAAUGUCGAUUAGUUUACAUUGUGUUCGUUUAGUGACAAUUUGAAUGAAUAUUCUAUUUAUUUAUGCUAUUCUCAACCUAAUUAUAAUGCUGUAUUGAAAAAUUUUGCAUUUUGUUAAUUUAUUUGUCGAGAGAUUAAAAUUUAUUUUUAAGAAAUUUGUUCGUUUUAUACCAUACGAAUACUGUGGAAGUUUUAAUUAAAAAUGCAUAUUCAAUAA